AUUAUCUAAUCUUUUGAGAACUUUGAGUUGGGUAUUGAGAGACUUACAUUUUAUAAAUCUAUAAAAGAUUUUGAUUAAAUGUGGGGAUUGAUGUAAUCUUGAAUUUUGGAAUGAUAAUAAUUCUAAAAAAAUUAUUAAAUCAUGGAAGACAUAAAAUAAGUCCCAUCCUUUCUUAUGAAAUUGUAUGAGAUUUUAGAAGUAAUUUAUUAACCGCUAUUCUUGAGUCUGAAUAAGCGGCAAUAUGUUGGAACAAGGAGGGAACGACAUUUUAGAUCCAAGACUCUGUGUAAUUGACAGAUGAGAUUCUGCCUUAAUACUUUAAACAUCGUAAUUUCUAAAGUUUCUUGAGGUUGAUAUUGAGAUCUACAUAUCAUAGGCAGCUCAAUAUGUAUGGGUUUAAGAAAUUGAAAAACAAUCAGGGGAAGAAUGAGUUCCAACAUUCCCUCUUCAGAAAAGGAGUUAAGUAGGAAUGAACUUAUUAAUCGUAGAAAUAACUUGGUUAAAAUCAAGCGUCGCAACCAGGAGGACAUAAAGUAGAGUUUGGAGACCUUGACCAAAGAAUUCUAAUCAGAAUCCUAUCUGAAUGAACACGACAAGAUGAGGAAAUAGCUGGUCCAAAUCCAAUCAGAUUAGCAGAGAAUAUUGGAUGAGAUUAGAUUCUAAAUGGAUCGCAAUCAGAAGUUGUUCAAAGAAACUCAGGAUAUAACUGAUGUAAGUUCGUCUGAAAAUAUUUUAAGAAAAUAAAUCAAAUUAAAAACUACUCAUUAACAAAACUCAACAAACUUAUUCUUAUAAUUUAGAAGUUGCCUCAAGAUGCCCAGAUAAGCAAGAUGGCGAUUUUGAAGGAUAAAAUAUUAAGAAAAUUGGAAACAAUUGAAACGGAAAGUUAUCAAGCAAAGGAUAUCUCUUUUGACAAGCAAGAAUCAAAUAGUUAUUAUGAGCCAAAUUUAACAGGAGUUAGAAGUCCUGCUGGAUACUCACCUAAAACUAAAUGAAUUAUAUUUAUUGAUACAAAUUAGAA